CUUUCACAUCCCCUCAUUUCACCUGCCUUGUCGACCACUCCCUCCUUCCCCCAAUCACACAUGCGCUUUACCCGCCUCACAGAGACCACCCUCUCCACUCCACAGACCAACCUCCCCCCACUCUCUCUCCCUACCAAGGAGGUUUUUCAGCGCUGGUCUCGACAGUGUGCGAUGGACAGCAUCACGGAGCCUCAGUGAUUAUUCGCACGGAUGCUUGACGGAGACCUGAGCUGACAUCUCGGCGCUCAAUUUUUUUGUGGAGUAUUUGGCAUAAACACUUUUUGUUUUAUUUGCGGCUCAAUCAACACAGCAAGCACUAUGGAAGAAGACAUGGACGAGGGGCAGACCCAAAAAGGGUGCCUGGAAUGCUGCAUCAAAUGCCUGGGUGGCAUCCCCUACCCCUCGCUCGUAGCCACCAUCUUGCUGUACGCCGGCGUGGCUCUCUUCUGCGGCUGCGGCCACGAGGCUUUGUCCGGCACCGUCACCAUCCUCCAGAACUACUUUGAGGUGGUGCGGAGCCCCGUGGACGCACUGGACGUCUUCACCAUGAUCGACAUCAUCAAGUACGUGAUCUACGGCAUCGCUUCGGCCUUCUUUGUCUACGGCAUCCUGCUCAUGGUGGAGGGCUUUUUUACCAGCGGCGCCAUCAAAGAUCUCUACGGAGACUUCAAGAUCACCACCUGUGGACGCUGUGUCAGCGCUUGGUUCAUCAUGCUGACGUACAUCUUCAUGCUGGCCUGGCUGGGAGUGACCGCUUUCACCUCCGUGCCCGUCUUCAUCUACUUCAACAUCUGGAAUAUUUGCCAAAACGCCACCGUGCUGGAAGGAACCACCCUCUGCCUGGACCCACGCCAGUAUGGCAUUGUGCCAAUUGCCAAGGCAAAGACGGUGUGUGCAGGACGAGAGGACUUCUACAAGAUGUGUGAAUCCAACGAGCUGAACAUGACGUUCCACCUGUUCAUCUGCGCCCUGGCUGGAGCAGGAGCUGCCGUCAUCGCUAUGAUCCACUACCUGAUGGUGCUGUCAGCCAACUGGGCUUACGUGAAGGACGCGUGCAGGAUGCAGAAGUACGAGGACAUCAAGUCCAAGGAGGAGCAGGAGCUUCAUGACAUACACUCCACUCGCUCCAAGGAACGACUCAACGCUUACACAUAAAACCAAGCGAAACACUCCCUCUCGAUUCGGUCUUUCUCUACAAGGGGGGGAGAAUUGUGCUAUGUAUGUGUGUGUGUGUGUGUGUGUGUGUGUGUGUGUGAGUGUGUGUGUUUGGAGGGGGGGGCGCCUCGGCCAUAAACAACAUUUCUGAUGACAUACAAAAGCCCCUUUACCUCUCUUAUGGAUGCUGUUUGUUACCAUCAUGGCAGUUAUUGAAACAUA